UAUGUCAUUUAAAACAAUUCUAGAAAGUGUUUUAUUUUAAGAAGGGAACAUUUUAAGAAGGGCAAAAUCAAAAGCAUGGACCAGUGUUGGAUGACCUGAUGAGGUUGUGGCAAUUUACUUCGUGAAUUCUGUGAGAUUUUGUUCAACUUGCUGGGCUUAGGUACUAGAUGGUGAGGAUUUCAAAGGUCAAUGAAGGCACAGCAGACCAGCACUCAAACAUAUUGCUCUUCUAUUUCCUAUUUUUGAAUAAAAAUGUCAGUUUCAAGUGGGCGGUUGGAAAGGAACAAGCAAAGGAGUAAUUAUUUGGAUCAAUGUUUGGCGUAAUGAGGGCGUCUGACGGGGAGGCUGUGCGGUGGUGACCGAUGCGCUGGGUUUCAUAGCUGCAGGCUGAAGCCCAGGCUCUGCUGCAGGGUAACUGGGUGGCCUCCACCAAGUCAAGUAACUUGCUCUUCUGUGCACUGCAUCUACAGCUACUUGGCUUCCUCUCACAGGUAUUCUUGUUUUUCCUCUUUUUUGCUCUAGGUCACACGUCGUGGCGCGGCGCUCUCGGGGAGCCUGUGGAGCGACCCUGUGUCCCUCCCUGACCCCUGGAGGAUUCCCCAAGGUCACAGUCACCACCUCCAUCCUAUACUUCCCAUCUCUUCAUAGCUAACGCAUAACAACUGUCACAAUUAACAGGAGCCCCACACUCUGAAGAGCUUCUGGAGGGGAGCUCUACUCAAGAAUAGGGAAGCAAGGCAGGGACCUCCCCCCGUCGUCCUUUCUUCUUCGGUCUUUUCUGCUGAGGAAUAUUUUUAGGUGGGUGAGAAGGGCAGCGGGAGGGCGUGAAGGCAAAAGACAAGCUUUUUUCUCGUAGGAACUCAAAUCUUCCGUUCUGGCUGUGGUUUCGGAGGCAUUUCUAGAGUACCUAGAAGGUAGCGACUUCCGGCUACGACCGCGUCUUCCGAGUUUCGAGAUCGGUUGCUUCCGCCCAGAGUUGCUAUGAGCUCCAGCAGCAAGUAGCCACUUCCGCCAGGAGUCCCUAGCGGCCAGGGCGUGGAAGUGGGCCCCUAGGCGGCAUCCUCCUUCUUCCCUCUGCCUGCCCAGGCGGGACCGGGUGCCCAGCGGCAGUGGCGGUCCCUGGGCCUGUGGAAAGGCGUUCUCUGUGGCCGAGUCCUGGCCUAGCGGACCGGGCGGUGCUAGAGAAGCGCCCGGGCCUAACCCAGCCCCAGCUGCUGUCUCCCGCGGCCGGUGCCAGCGACUGCAGGCCUCGCCGCGCCCACCCUUUCUGGGACGGGCCCAACCUCACCGUCCGGCAGCCCCGCCCCACGGGCCAGCCCCGCGCCGGGUAGUUCCGCUUAUCUCCCUGCGGCGGGGUAACCGCCUCGCACCUCCCAGACUCGGUUCCCUGGCUCCGGCCGCGGGGGGAGCAUGGAGUUUGCGGAGCUGAUUAAGACCCCGCGGGUGGACAAUGUGGUGCUGCACCGGCCUUUCUACCCGGCCGUCGAGGGCACCCUGUGUCUGACGGGCCACCACCUCAUCCUGUCCUCCCGGCAGGACAACACGGAGGAGCUGUGGCUCCUCCAUUCAAACAUCGACGCCAUCGACAAGCGAUUUGUGGGAUCACUGGGUACCAUCAUCAUAAAAUGUAAAGAUUUUCGAAUUAUUCAGUUGGAUAUUCCUGGAAUGGAGGAAUGCUUGAAUAUAGCCAGUUCCAUUGAGGCAUUGUCUACCCUGGACUCCAUCACUCUGAUGUAUCCUUUCUUUUACCGUCCUAUGUUUGAAGUGAUAGAAGAUGGCUGGCAUUCCUUCCUUCCUGAGCAAGAGUUUAAACUCUAUUCCUCAGCUACCAGUCAGUGGAGGCUAAGCUAUGUCAAUAAGGAAUUUGCUGUCUGUCCCACUUACCCACCAAUUGUCAUCGUGCCUGAAUCCAUUGAUGAUGAAACUCUUCGGAAGGUGGCUACGUUUCGACAUGGAGGGCGCUUCCCAGUACUAAGCUAUUAUCACCAAAAAAGUAAGAGGGUAAUUAUGCGGAGUGGCCAGCCACUCACCGGCACAAAUGGGAGGAGGUGCAAGGAAGACGAGAAGCUGAUCAAUGCUACCCUCAGGGCGGGGAGUCGUGGUUACAUCAUUGACACCCGAUCCCUGAACGUGGCUCAGCAAGCCAGAGCCAAAGGAGGUGGCUUUGAACAAGAAGCCCAUUAUCCCCAAUGGAGGCGAAUUCAUAAGUCCAUUGAGAGGUAUCACAUUCUUCAGGAAAGCUUAAUCAAACUCGUGGAAGCUUGUAAUGACCAAACACAUAACAUGGACCGAUGGCUCAGUAAAUUGGAGGCCUCUAACUGGCUGACUCACAUCAAAGAGAUUCUGACAGCUGCCUGCCUCGUGGCUCAGUGCAUCGACAGGGAAGAAGCGUCAGUACUGAUUCAUGGGACAGAAGGAACUGAUUCCACACUCCAGGUUACCUCCCUGGCCCAGAUCAUCUUGGAGCCAAGAAGCAGGACCAUUCGUGGUUUUGAGGCCCUGAUUGAGAGAGAGUGGCUGCAGGCUGGUCACCCGUUCCAGCAGCGCUGUGCACAGUCAGCCUACUGUAACACCAAGCAGAAGUGGGAGGCUCCUGUAUUUCUUCUCUUCUUGGACUGCGUGUGGCAGAUCCUUCGUCAGUUUCCCUGUUCUUUUGAAUUUAAUGAGAAUUUCCUCAUCAUGCUCUUUGAGCAUGCUUAUGCCUCACAAUUUGGAACAUUUCUGGGCAACAGUGAAAGUGAAAGAUGUAAGUUGAAGCUACAGCAGAAGACAAUGUCUUUGUGGUCCUGGGUCAAUCAGCCCAGUAAGCUGAGUAAAUACACCAAUCCCCUCUUUGAAGCCAACAACCUCGUCAUCUGGCCUUCAGUUGCUCCGCAGAGUCUUCUGCUGUGGGAAGGUAUUUUCCUACGUUGGAAUAGAUCCUCUAAGUAUUUGGAUGAAGCAUAUGAAGAAAUGGUUAACAUCAUUGAAUAUAAUAAGGAAUUACAAGCAAAAGUCAAUAUCCUUAGAAGGCAGUUGGCAGAACUGGAAACAGAGGAUGAGAUGCAAGAGAGUCCCUGAAAGGUCUCCUCACACCCUUCGCAAGGACCUUCCUGGGCCUGUGUCCACCUCUCUCUCCUUGUGCCCUUCAAUUCACUUUUAUACGGUAGCCUUGAAGUGAAGGCUUUAGACGUGGGUCCCCUCUAAUGUAACGGAUUUCUCAAUACUGUAUGAAUAAUGAAACUAUCAUAACUCAUGUUUCAUGUGGCCUGUUAGGUCCUGUCACUUGGAGCAGGAAGGAGGUGCUAGUCAUUUUAUUUUUACGUGAAAUAGAUGACCUAUUUAAUGCCAUUUGUGUUCACGCCAUUUUAUCCAAAGCUUUUUUUCUGUGUCCACUCCCUAAACAGCAUUCUAGAGCAGUCAAGGAGACAGUUAAUCUCUCUAGGGACUAUUUGGUGGUUUAAAAAAAGGGUCAGACUUUUAAACACUCUGAGCAUAGAAAUGUUUCUCAAAAUAGUAGUGACUGAUAAAGCAAGAAUUUUGUGUUUAACAUACCAUUUCCAGUGUCUUUGCCACAUAAAAUACCUAUUUUCUUCAAAAUCGUUUUGGACUAACGAAGCUGAAUCUGUUCUCAUUCUUGUUUGUCAAGAAAGGAAAAUCUGUUGUUGAAGGUAAAUUAUUUCUUCAAGCGCAACAGGUGCGGCCCUCUGAUAUUUACAUUGAGAAGAGUGAAAUUUAUUUUCAGGUAGACACUAAAAGUAUGUGCAAUACAGAAGUAAAGUAGGAAUUUGUUACUGGUUGAGAAUUGCUACUGUUGAAUUGUUUUUAUUUUAGGUUUUGACCAUACAUAGACAAUGUGUAUCAAAUGCUGGUUGUAAAAUUAAAUCAUCAUCUAGAAUAGAGUUAAUUUGUUAUAAUCAAGCUACACAUACGGUUUUCUUAAACCAGAGGUGAUGCACUGCCCUUGUCUAAAGUUCUUACUGCACUGGUUUAUGUGUGUAUGUGUGUUUUACUGCGUGUGUGGUUUUAGUUUGUAAGUAUUCUAAGAGUUUACUAAUACUAACGUUAAAAUUCUCAUGUUAACCUGAGCCUUUUGCAGAUUUAUUUUGACUCUAUUGAUUUGUCCAUUAUGUGUUAAGCAAAUACAGCUUAAGUGAAGGGGGAAGUUUAUAAACAUGAAGUAACUCUGUGUUUCCAACUUCAGGACAGAUUGGAGUGUUUCAGUGUUACAGAAACAGUGAUGGCCGUGUUCAUGCUCUGCUAGUUUAUGUCUGCAACUCUAAAUAUUUGUGGUUUGGUAUUUCGCACCUACAUUUCUGUUAGGUGACAUUGCUCAUUUUAAUAAAUACGACCAAUUCUAGUUUUUCUUUAAAAGGAUAGUCAUGAGUAAUCUUUAAAACCAUUUCUGUACCAUCUGUAUAUAACCAUUUUGGUAAAGAACACACCACACUGAACCCUGCUUUAGAGCUGUGUGUUAAGCUAAAAACGUAAUUUUUUUUAAAUAGACUAGUAAAAUCUGUGGCCACAUUGAGAGCCUUUGAAAAUGGCAAAUACUUUUUUCAUCACCAGUUGCCCAAGUUUUAUCUUUCUUCUGCUUCCUCAGCCUCGUAGCAAAGGCUGGACAGCAGCCCAUAGUCCACAGUCUCUUUGGGAGAAUUUGCCUGCUGCCUUCUUUAAGCUCAGUUUAUUCUUGACUUAUUUCUUUGCUGUAGUUAUGAACCUUGAGGCAUUAAAACCCCAUGGCAAGGAGCAUAAGAGGUGUUCUUAUAUCUCUGCAUUGUGUGAAGUGUCCGUCUUAGUUUUGUAAAAAAAAGAAACAGCCUCGCUUUUUUGUGUCCCUCAGAAUUGCUUGCUAUGUCUGUUAAUACAGCUCACCCUUUUGUUUUCUCCUCUUUUUGUCUCGAGAUUGUAUGUGAAGGAGCCUUUUUCUUCUCAGCUAACAGGCAUGUAAGGAAAACCAUCUAGAGAGUUUUCUUUAGAAGUGACUCCCAUUAGCUGUGUGUGUGCCUGUAGUCUCAGCCACUAGGGAGGCUGAGGCAGAAGGAUCCCUUGAGCCCAGGAGGUUGAGGCCGCAGUGAGCCAUGAUCACAUCAGUGCACUCCAGCCUCAGCAACAGAGCGAGACCCUGUCUCUAAAGAAAAAACCGGAAGUGAUUCCUACUGCUUAUAUUGAUAGGCCCAUAGGACUUCCAUGGGUGGAAACUUGUGAGGGAGUUUGUAUUAGGCUUGGUCAUGGAGCGCUUUCUGUGCCAUCAAGUUAGACCCAUCUUCCUGAUGAACAUUUGCUGUGCGAGCCAGAGUAUAAUCAUAGCACGGAAUUUGCACUUCGUCUUCUCUGUCUUACUGAGACAAUAAUCUAUACUGUUUUGGCAAGUUUGCAUUUUAGUAUUAAUUUAUAAAUAGAGGCUGUCCAAACUUCAGGUCUGUUUGCAGGUUGUAAAAAUAAACUUUGGUGUCACUGCAUCUUCAGAAGUGUCAUUUGGUAAUGCAAAUACUGGAGUUUUCGCAAAGCCAAAAACUCUGUCAAAAAUAAGUACAUUAUCAGGCCGGACGCAGUGGAUCCCAGCACUUUGGGAGGCUGAGGCGGGUGGAUCACGAGGUCAAGAGAUUGAGACCAUCCUGGUCAACAUGGUGAAACCCUGUCUCUACUAAGAAUACAAAAAUUAGCUGGGCAUGGUGGCACGCGCCUAUAGUCCCAGCUACUUGGGAGGCUGAGGCAGGAGAAUUGCUUGAACCCAGGAGGCGGAGGUUGCAGUGAGCCUGGGUAACAAGAGUGAAACUCCGUCUCAAAAAAAAAGUACAUUAUCAGUACGAUUGGAAGAGGGUUUUUAGUAGUACUGUUAAGUUUGUCCUUUCUUGGAUAAGAGUAAAUAACAUGGAUACACUCACGAGAAGACACUUGUCAGACAUUGCACUUGGAGAGCUGCCUUUGAUAAAUGUGGUAUUAAACACUUUAAUGAAGAGAAUGGUGAGUGAGCAGGCAGAUUGCCCCGGGGAGCCGGUGAUAAUCACACGAGAGAGAACCAGAUUCCUGCACAUUCAGCUUCUUCUCUAUUCAUGUAGAGUGAAAGCUGGUUUUUAUUUGGAGACACAUAAUGUAGGCCCCACAAAGGAUAUUUUUAAAAUACAAGGGAUCACCACAAUCCUCUAUCGAACAUAUAAGGAUCCUUAGAUUCAAAUAAAUACUUUUUUUUUAAAUCAGAAGAGCGUUGAUGGCUGAUUAUACAGUUUUCAAAACCUGAAGCUUUUUUGGUGGCAGGACUUUUCAAUAAGUAUUUAUUUGGCCCAAGUUUUUAUUUUGAUUUUAUUAAAUGGGAAGAAACAAGCAGAAAUAGUAACAUUUGGUAGGUUUAAAACAAUCUAUAAAUGUAUUUUGUUUCCAAGAAAACUUAGGAUCUCCAAGCAAGAUUUUAAAGUGAUUUAUGAGAAGACUUGGGGGGACAAUAAUAGACAUUCAUGUCAAGUCCCAUGUGGGGAAUUUUAAAACAUUUCUUUGAACUUUGAGGCCUUUAGAGGUGGGAUUGUAUUGCUUUUUGUUUUAAAGGAUGAAAUUUCAUGAGAUUUUAGUCUUUGAUUCAGUCAGUAUUUGGUUUAUGUUAAAUAAAAAAUCAGUAUCAUGGAAAAGAUUUGACCAUAAUUUACUUUCUUCAAGUGAAAAACAGGAAUAAUGUUUAGUUGCACUUUGAAAAACCUGCUUAAAGGCAUAACUCUUGUAGUUAUCUGGUUUCAGGAAUAGCUGUCCUAAUAAUCAGUCAGAAGUAGGUCAUCAGGUUCAGUUAUUGUCAGACCUUAAUCUGAGAGAAAGGUUUUGGUAUUUGCCUACUUCUAGACAGAAUGAAUGAAAACAGCACAAGGGUAUUAUGGACACUCUUUAUCAGAAGGGUAUUUCCUGGACCCAAAAUGGGCAAUAGUUAACAGUAGUCUAUCCUCUAUUCUGGAAGCUUUGAAAUUUAUUAGAGAAUGAAGUCAUUCAGUACAUCUAAUACAGUUUGUUUUUUUAAAUUGGGCAACCCUCAGAACUGAAGAGGUUCAGAGAGCUCCCAGGUUUGUGCUAUACCCCAAGACCACGUAGGUAAGCUACUGCUUAUUUCACAUGGGCCAGGCCUGUUCUCCUCCAGACCUGGUAUUCUAAGUUAUUACCAGAUGGUAUUUUUAUGUUACCCAUCAUCUUAAAAAAUAUUGUAAGACUGAUUUCUCCAUUUAUAUGUAUUCUCAGAUGAUGAGAUAUAUACUAUAAUUUUCUUAUAGUAUCAGUUUUCUUUAUUUUCUUGAAUAAAACUACGUCUACCUUCACUUGGUCUUUAUAAUCCACUGUCCACAGCAUCUUCCUUUAAACCAGUAGUCCCAGAAGAGACCCUCUGAAAUUCUAGGACUGGGUUUUGAAAUGUCUGAACUUACUAAGUCCUUUUUAAGAAACCCGACGUCCUAGCUCUUGAACUACACUGUGGAACAGUAGUUUGCACCCAAUUUAAUGGAAGUUGGUGGGGCUCACUGCAAACACUACAUUGUCCUGCAGAGUAAUUCUGAUGAGACUACUGAGUUCUAGAGCCCUUCUCUUCGACUGUCUGCAGGUCUACGGAGUAACUGUAUUUGUGAUGUGUAACAAAACUGAGCUGUACAACACUGCCUGUGUCUGUCUGGCCAAGACAUUUGCUUCACUUCUAAAAUGUACAUUUCUUUGGAGAGGUGAAUUAUUCUACCAAAUACGCCCUAAAUCUCAUUGUUUAAAAACCGUAUCGAUCUAAUACCAUCUACACAAAAAAUGUUGUACUUGCAGAACUUAGUUUAUUUAAAAAAAAAAAAAAAAAAAAGAAUGUGUAUUUCUUCAGUAGCCGGGCAUUUGGACUGUACUCGUGAUAUAUUUGAAUGUGACUCUUGGAUUUAAGUGCACUAUUAACUCAUGGCUUACACAAUAAAAUUGCACUGUAUGGCGAAUGUGUCUAUAAUGUAUGAUUUGCUAAAACUUCAAGAGUGCUGUAGGUACAGGUUUCUAUAUUGUGAACCUGUCUACACACACAUACAUAUAUAGUCUUAGGGAAAAAAGCUGAACUUUUGUAAGUCUGUGUAACAUUUUAAUAUUGUUUGGAAUAUUCACUAAGUGAUAAUUUCACCUAUAUCCUAUGACUGUAAUCAUUCACCUUGAGUUGGCCGGUUUGUCAACUGAAUUUACUGAAUCAAGAAACAGUCUUGUCGAAUGUGGUACUGUUCUUAGUGUGUGAUAUUCAUGUGUGGUGUUCCCUUGCCUCAGAGGACAGUUGCAGAGAUGGCUACUGUUACAUUUCUAUAGACAAUGGUAAUAAAAUUGGAAUAUAUUUGUGCUGAUAAA